GGCGAUCUGUCACAUUCGCGAGCUCCAUUUUUGCAAUUAUAGACUCGUCGGAUCGUCUCUCAGCGCUCGUGGUGCUAUAAAUAUCCUACCGUCGCAACCCAAUUGCCUGACAAUGCUCGUCGUCCUCGCUACUGCUCUAUUGGCCCUGAGCGGCAGCUUCGUGAGCGCUCACGGAUCUCACGCCGACCAGCCGCCCUCGUCGGAUUGGGCCACCCGGCAUAUGCAAGAGGAGCACCACAUUGAUGCCUUCGACGCUGCUUCCUUCUUUUCCCUUCACGACUAUGAUGAGUCCGGGGUUUGGACCCCCCAAGAAGUGCGCAAAACGUACGGGAUGGACCACGAGACGAAUGCAGGAGUCAGUGAAGAGAGAAAAAGUCAAGCUUUGAGGGAAGUGUUCGCUUUGUUCGACCCAACGAACACCGGCUUCAUCAAUCGCGACAACUGGAUGCGCAUCAUUUCCGAGGGAACACGGCUGCCCGAUCUCGGGUUUGGUCCUGGCCACCACGGCGACAUCGAGUAUGAGUACGAGAUCCACCAUUUCGAGAAGUACCACGGCGAAGAUGCCAAGGAGGAGGACCUCACCCAUCCCGAGGACAUUGAGCACUUCCGGCAACACGACGAGGAAGACCUCGCGAUGGAGCGACUCGAGCAGCUCGAGAGCAUGCAGAUCGUGGAGGCGAAUAUACCGCAGAAGUUCCUCAAGCACUAGAUGAGUGUACAUUAGAUCUCUUUGUUGCUGCUGUACAUAUGUUUGAUGAUACGAGUCCAAGCGUCGGUUACACCACUUGGGAGAUACCCUUUCCUGGCUCUUAGGGAAGCCAACCAAGCGUGAUAUAGUGCAGGAGCGUCACACCUCAUCCAGCGACGGCACCAUGACAUCAAAGACGCAAUGCAUCACCCCCGGAGCGUAAGUCUUGACCUGUUCCACAUGUCGACAAUCCGCCACCGUCGCCUCUAUUUCCAAGACCCGUGCCCUCAACUUCCCAACCUCGGCCGUGAUCUCAUCUUUCAUCUCCUCAA